AUGUCCACAAUCUCCUCUCCUCGGCCCUCAAUUACCUCCUCGCGAGCUCAUUCACCAACACCCAAUUCCGCCCGGCCGUCUCUCGAUGUGCUAAACACAAACUUCGCUGGCGGACUGAGUGCCUCAUCGACACCGACGACUGGUCGCGCGAUCUCCCCAAAUCCACGUCGCAACCGAUCCGCUCUCCGUGAUUACUACAAUCUAAAGCCCCCUGGUCCUGACUCCUCUGUGCCCGGGGGAGGUUUCCGAUCGCGCAGUGUGCCUCGGAAUACCGAUGCGGGGGACAUUUCCAAUUCAGAUGCUCUAGCUUCAGGGACCGAAUUGGACAAUGCGGACUUUGACCCGCAACGCUACGUCGAUCAUCUCCUUUCUACAUCGUCACUUGCUACGAUUCUCAAGGCUGAAAACACGUUGGUGGGGGACAUUCGCACCCUGGAUGGCGAGCGAAAGGCUUUGGUCUACGACAAUUAUUCAAAGCUGAUACGUGCUGUUGAGACGAUUGGGAAAAUGCGAAGGAGUAUGGAUGAACGGGGGGCGCCGUUGACGAUGACGAAGACUCUGGGCCCUACUAUUGCCUUUGUUGCCGAGACUGCAGGCGCAUUGAUUAAAGAAGGCGAGGAGCAAAGGCGUCGUAUCAAGGAGGAAAAGGAAGCUGAAUCUCCACAGACCAGCGAUCCGGCGAAAGAGACCGUCAGAUGGGUACUCAGUGCCCCGGGGCGCUUGGAGAAGCUCAUCGAGGCCGGAAAACAGGGGGAGGCGGAUCAAGAUUGGAAUGAAGUGAAGCAUCUGCUUGACACUUGGGGCGAGGUGAAGGGUGUCGCUGAAGUGCGAGCUGCUUGUGAGAGAGUCAUGACGAAAUCGAUAGAGGAGGAGUGA